AUGUGGUGUCGAUCGCAGAGAGUCGCGCGUGUCUCGCGUGUAGUCACCCCUACUGCGACUCAGGCAGCCGUGCCUUCAUCCUGCGCCAGAGGUCAGCGAUCGCUGCUUUCGUCAGCAUUCGGUGGAGAAGGAGGAGGGGCGGAGGAGAAGGGACAUGCCGCGCUCGUGAGGAAGGAGUUCGCCAAGCAGGCCCAGCGUAAUUACGACAACCAGGCAGCGAGCAGUGACGCCAUGCUUUCGUGGAUCAGCGGGCACUUGGCCGGUGACUUGCAGCCUUCUCUUCGCGUCCUUGACGUCGCUGCUGGCACAGGCCGAAUGAGCCGCCUUGUCGCGCCGAAGGUCAAAGAGGUCAUUGCUGUGGACCUCACUGAGGAAAUGAUGGCGGUAGGAAAGGAGCAGGCACAGACGGCCGGACUCAACAACAUCCACUGGGUCGUGUCCAAGGCGCAACAGAUGCCAUUCAUGGAUAAUGCCUUCGACGUGGUGGUCUCGAGGCUAGCAGUGCACCACUGGGACGAGCCGCAGUCCAUUGUGAGCGAAAUGGCGCGUGUGUGCAAACCCGGCGGGAAGGUAGUUCUGAUCGACAUCGUCACACCCGAAGAUCUUACCGACGCUCAAGGCGACCGGCUUAAUCACCUGGAGAGACUGAGGGAUCCCUCGCAUGUGUGCUUCUGGCGCCUCUCGGAGCUCUUCGGCUUCCUCAAGAAGGCGCGUCCGGCUCUGUCGGUCCUCCCGCUCGUCGAUCGGAGGGACAACCAGGUGUUCCUCGACCAGUGGCUCGAGCUGACCAACACGCCCAGCGCCAGCCGCAAGGCGAUCACCGACGCGCUCCAAGCCGAACUCGAUGGAGGAGGGCAGCAGAAGGAUACCAACAGCCUCGUCACCGGGUUCCGCCCCGACCGCAGCGCCGACGGCAGCCUCCACUUCGUCCACUCCUACGUCCUCUUGUCCGCCCAGAAACAGUGA